UUUCCGAUAGCAAUCGAACGCCUCUUUUGUCUCGUGUUGUGGUCUGAUGCAGCUAAGACUGCUAGCUAGCCAGCUUGAAUCUGCAGGCAAGCGUUAGCUGGCAAACGCCACAUCAUUGGUGCAAUUGUAACAAAGUACUUACAGCCAAAGCGCCUAAAGAAUGAGAAGAGUUACCUUAUUUAUUAACGGGACUUCCAGAAAUGGCAAGGUUGUAGCAGUGUACGGGACUUUGUCCGACUUACUGUCCGUAGCAAGCAAUAAGUUAGGAAUCAAAGCCUCCUGUUUGUACAAUGGGAAGGGUGGUCUCAUAGACGACAUUGCCCUGAUAAGAGAUGACGACGUGCUGUAUGUGUCAGAGGGAGAUCCAUUCAUUGACCCUCAAAAUGAAGCCAGGGUCACAUCUGAGAAGCAUGGAGCCCACACUGACUGGCUGACCCUCAACAUCGGCGGUCGUCCCUUCACCACCACCAGGAGCACCCUGGUCAGCAAAGAGCCUGAGAGUAUGCUUGCCCACAUGUUUCGAGAGAAAGAUGUGUGGGGGAACAAGCGGGACGAGCGUGGAGCUUACUUAAUCGACCGCAGCCCUGAAUACUUUGAGCCUAUACUCAACUAUCUGAGACAUGGUCAGCUCAUUAUCAAUGAAGGCAUAAAUAUACGAGGUGUCCUUGAGGAGGCUCGGUUCUUUGGGAUUGAGCAGCUUGCUGAGCAGCUGGAAGUAGCAAUAAAGAACACGCAGCCGCCUGAGGACCACUCUCCCAUUUCCCGCAAGGAGUUUGUUCGCUUUCUCCUGGCAACGCCCACCAAGUCAGAGCUCCGCUGUCAGGGUCUUAAUUUCAGUGGCGCAGAUCUGUCCCGACUUGAUUUGCGUUACAUCAAUUUCAAGAUGGCCAAUCUCAGCCGCUGCAAUCUGACACACGCCAACCUUUGCUGUUCCAACCUGGAGCGGGCGGAUCUCUCUGGAGCCAACCUGGAUGGUGCUAACCUGCAAGGGGUGAAGAUGCUCUGCUCCAAUGCUGAGGGAGCUUCUCUAAAAGGGUGCAAUUUUGAAGAUCCAUCUGGACUGAAGGCCAACCUGGAAGGUGCUAACCUGAAAGGAGUCGACAUGGAAGGAAGCCAGAUGACGGGCAUCAACCUGCGGGUGGCCACUCUGAAGAAUGCAAAGCUGAAGAACUGCAACCUGCGGGGAGCCACUUUAGCAGGGACCGAUCUGGAGAACUGUGACCUGUCCGGCUGCGACCUUCAAGAAGCCAACCUGAGAGGCUCCAACGUGAAGGGAGCCAUUUUUGAAGAGAUGCUGACCCCUCUGCACAUGUCGCAGAGCGUCAGAUAACUCGGCUCCUCUGUUGCUCUUCUCCUCCAGCGUUUCCCCCUCCUUCCUCUCUCUCUUUACCUGUCUGCGGUGCAGGUAGCUGUAUGCACACCCCUGCCAUUCCACCGAUAUUAUGUUAGCUUUAACUACCUUGCACUAGACUUUAUUCAGGGUUGUCUCUGUAUGUUUGUACGGUAGGUUGAUUUUAAAUGUUCAUCUGCGUACAUCACCAAAACAACACAAUGUUCUCAGUGUUUGUAGAUGACUGUACUCGUUUCGUGUUCGACACCAUUCAAAUGACUUGAUGUGUCGGUGAUCUGUGUGCAGUAAAGUUCAGAGCUUCGCUGAAUGCUGCCGUAGCAGAAACAGAAGGUCACUUACCAAUAACUUCUAUGUUACUCUUGAACUUAAUUCUGCUGGAUUCGACCUCCUGCAAAGGAAGUGAUGCAAGCCAAAGCCAUAACAGCAGCACAGAGUGUGAGGCAGUGCUGCGAGUGCACCAUAAAACUAUGCGACAGGCUCGUCUGAAACACAGCUGGGGUAUGCAAUACAGGAUUCACAGCUGUGACCUUCCUCCUCUGAAUUAUUGUCUUCUUCCAAAAGCUUUCCCUUGUUUUUCUGUGAAUCUACCUCUUUUGUUGUGUGAGAGUGAUCCACAUGCAUGCGACUGUGGCCCCGUUUUAUCGUAAUGCUUCUGUGUUACUCAUCACUCCGACCCCGACUUCUAACAGGAAGCCAUUUUCACGUGUUGAAGCGGGUUUGCCUGGCAGCGUAACUCCCACGUAUCGAAGUAAUGUCACUUAAUCGUGCUUUGAACUUAUUUGCACAAGCAUACGUUAACUUGUUUAUACCUUAUCACCAAAAAUGUUUGGUGCUCGUAAUCUUCUGUAAACGAAUGGUCGUUAGAGCGGGCAGGUGCUGUCACCUGAGCUCUCUGCUGGACGUCUGCAUGUGUGAAGAGCUGCAGCUCUGAUGCAAUACUGUUCGCUCAGUUCAACACUAGGUACCCAGUCUGUGAGGACGAACCAUGAAGGCAAUCAUACUGUGCGACUGAGUGUGGGAAUCGAUGGACGAGUUCCGCUUAUUUAUUUUGAUGCAUCUCACCGAAUGCAAUACGGAGCAAAAGUCGGCUUGUGUUUGAGACGGAGGAGCAGCCGAGGCCUCCCUGUCUGUGAUUAUUGCACUCGACCGUGGAAAUCUUUUUCCGUAAAUGACUGUUAUAAAUAAACUGCUAUGAAGAAGAAAAA